CUUUUAAGUCCCUCGGUGAUCAGCUCCCUGCCCUUACCUUGGAGUCACCCAAGAGUCUCUUCUUUAAAGCUCAAUUCCGCUCGUCUCAGUAUGCCUCCUCCGCCAAAGAAGCCUGACCCUCCCCAUAAAUUGAAUAUUGCGACCAACAGCAUCCGCAACACGACUUUUGCCAGUGAUAAUGACAAGAUAUACUACGAGGUUGUCACUCGUUUCUGGCAUCCGCGCCUCACCAAAGUCAUCAAGCAUGAUUUUGAGAUGCGCUGUGUGACGACUAUAGCAGAAAUCGAAUGGUUACCGAAGCAAGAAAUGAAGGUUCGCUUCAACCCAGACGGUCAAGAAGGGGAGUGGAUGCCGGCGACUGAAUUCAUCAACUAUGACCAGAAGAACGGCGGGAUGUUCACUGGUGGAGACGGAGUUGAGUACCGGUGGAGGAUGGAAAAGCGGAUGUUUCAGCUCGUGAAGGAGAAUGACGGGGACAAAACACCCAUAGCAGAGUACCGUCCAUAUCAGCGUCACUUCUUCGUCUGGCGGAUGUCUCAACGUGCCAGGAUGGAUGUCAAAAAGGAAGCGAUGUCCUCGUUAGAAAAGAUUAUUGUGAGCUACUUGUUGGUGGAGAAACGUAGGAGACAAAACAGUCUUCCAAUCAGAGCCCACCGCCCAUAGGAGCAGCCUGGUUUAGUUGCUCGGUUUCCGACCCUAGUACAUGACUUCAGAAUGUUUAUUGAAUUCACAGCAGCGCGGCUCCAGCAUAUCUUAUUUACUACACCUCCUACCCUUAUGUUGACAUGUCAAACCUUGGCCUACUAGACUCAAUGACCAUUCAACCUACCUUUGGUAUCAGCCU